GAGAGAAUGACACGAGCAUCCAUUGGUGGCGGGGCGCCUGGUACCCAGGAAACAAGGAGAGGAGAAUGUAGCAUCCUUCCAUCAGCAUAUUAGCACAGGAGGCUAGCGCGAUGCAGAAGCGGGGCGCUUUUGUGGGAUGUGUGAGAGUUAAACGGAGUAACAUGGCCUCCAGAGACUGAGGAGCUCUGCUUUCGGAGCAUGAUUCACCGCCAGGUGAUACUGACUCAGAAUUUAUACCAGAACCGCUUUCUCGGGCUGGCGGCCAUGGCCUCGCCGUCUCGCUCGUCCCAGGCCCGGCGCCGGAGCAAAGACCCUAUCCGGCACAGCUUCAACCCGGAGCACUUCCCAAGCGUGGACUUCCAGAACGGUGAGCCCGAACAGCUGGCAGCCGCCAUACCGCGUUCCACCAGCGAUACGGACCUGGUGACAUCACACUGCCGCUCUACACUGACCACCAGUACCUCCCACUACGCCAUCAGCCAGUCGCCGGACAUCACACUCACAUGGGACAUUAAGGAGGAGGUGGAUGCCGGAGACUGGAUCGGAAUGUAUCUCAUCGAUGAGGUGCUGUCAGAGAACUUUCUGGACUAUAAGAACCGUGGGGUGAAUGGUUCUCACAAAGGCCAGAUCGUGUGGAAGAUUGAAGCCAAUUCCUACUUUGUUGAGCCCGAGACGAAGAUCUGCUUUAAGUACUACCACGGGGUGAGCGGCGCCUUGAGGGCAACGACACCCAGUGUGACCGUGAGGAACCCUUCAGCGCCGGUGUUCAAGCCGGUUGCUGUGGACGACGUGCCUCAGAGUCAGGGCAGGCGAAGACUCAUCAGUUUCUCUCUGUCAGAUUUCCAGGCGACAGGCUUAAAGAAGGGUAUGUUCUUCAACCCGGACCCCUACCUGAAGAUCGCCAUCCACCCGGGCAAACACAGCAUCUUCCCUGCUUUACCACACCACGGCCAGGAGAAAAGAUCAGGCAUCGUCUGCAACACCGUCAACCCCGUGUGGCAGAGAGAGAGGUUUAAUUUUGUGUCUUUACCCACGGACGUGCUGGAGAUUGAGGUAAAGGAUAAAUUUGCCAAGAGCAGACCCAUUAUAAAGCGCUUCCUGGGCAAACUGUCCAUGCCGGUGCAGAGAUUACUGGAGAAGCAUGCUAUCGGUGACCGAGUGGUCAGCUACACUUUGGGUCGAAGGUUGCCAACGGAGCAUGUCAGCGGUCAGCUGCAGUUCCGAUUUGAGAUCACUUCCUCCAUUCAUCCAGAUGAUGAGGACAUGUCCCUCAGCACAGAGCUCGAGUGUACCACAGUGCCUGAGGAACCCGAGCAGCAUGAGCCAGGGGAAGUGGAGGCAGGAGAACAUCCAGCUCCAGUCCAAGCCGAGGACACCAUGAGCCUGGAUCUGGUUGCUCCUGAUCUGCCUCUGGAUGGGGACACGUCUUCAGUAGAAGUUCCCAUGGAUGUAGAGACCUUAGAGGCAGACGUGGGAAGGACAGAGAUCCAGGAAACGGAGGACACCGGGGGGGUCCCGGAGGCAGAAUCUGUACCCGGAGAGAGCAGUGAGCAAGAUGUGGAAGCCCUGGAGCAAAAUGGAGGGAGUCAGGUAGAGGUCCUGACGCCUGAGCAAGACAGAGGGAGUGAACAGGAAGUGGCAGCUCUGGAGCAGAUGGAGCAAGGAGAGACAGGAGUAGAAGGACAAGGAUACAGUCAAGAGACAAAUCAUGUGGAGGCAGCUGAUAUAGAAAUUAUGGAAAGUACAGCUGCGGCCCCUGCUGUAGUGGCGGAAGAAAUGGAGAAUGCAACGGGAGGAUUUGAACCUCAACCUGUCUCCCCUGAGGAUUGUGCUCAAGCAGAGGAUGAGGAUCAGGAAGAAGAGGAAGUUUGCUCACUCCGGAUGCGUGGUGCAGCAAAGAGAAAAAAUCGUCCGUGCUCACUACCCGUGUGUGAGCUGGAGACGGUAAUCGCCUCGACGUGCGAGGAACCCGAGACACCGCGCUCGCACUACAUCCGUCUCCAUCACCUUCUCCACAGCCUUCCCUCUAACCAAUCAGAAAGCUCUAAAACAGAAGAAGAAGAAGAAGAGGAGGAAGAGGAGGAGCAAGAUGAAGAUGGUGCAGCCCCAGAGCCGCUGACUCCCAAUGGCCCACGCCGUUCCCUUCCUCGCAGCCGCUCGCACCAGCGCCUCUCCGAACUCGUGCAGAUAUUAGACGGAGACGGCCAAGCACUAGGGUCCGACGGUCAGGUCAGAGACCAAAGGUCGCCAGGUGAGAGCGAGGGUGAGGCUGACCUUAGCCCGGUGCCGUGCUGUAGUCACAUGGUGGCGAGGGGUGCAGGCGCGAUGCGUGCAGCGUCUUUCGACAGCGCACGAUGCACCAAGAGCAGCGUGUUCUCCUCACAGGAAGACGAGGACGACAUGGACGGGCUCGAUGGCAUCUUGGACUUAGAGGUGGAGCCUUGUCAGGGGUUGCGGACUCGGACGAGGGACGGAACAAGGUGGGAGGAAGUGCCUGACACUCAUGUGCAAAGUCCACAUGGUAUCGUGGGUAAUGGAGAGUCCCCAGGAGCUGGGACAAGCAACAGGAGAGAGUGUCCUCUGCCAUGUAGUCACCCUCCAGUGAGCCAUCUCCCUGCUCUGAGGCCGGACCCCCACCACUACCCCACCAUCGACGAGCCCCUUCCUCCUAACUGGGAGGCGCGUAUCGACAGUCAUGGACGCGUGUUCUACGUGGAUCACAUUAACCGUACCACCACAUGGCAAAGACCAACAGCAGCAGCAACGCCUGACGGCUUGCGCAGGUCCGGAUCCAUCCAGCAAAUGGAGCAGCUCAACAGGAGAUAUCAGACCAUCCAGAGGACCAUGGCGACAGAGAGGAGGGAAGAGGACGGAGGGAACCCUCGAGUGGAGAGGAGUAGCAGUACAGAGACCGACUCGCCGCCUCAGACAAGCGAGUCGAGGAGAGACUCGCACUGCUCACCGAGUCACUGUCAGAAGAUCACCCUGCUGCUGCAGUGUCCAGCCGUCAAGUUCAUCACGCACCCCGAGUUCUUCACCGUGCUCCACGGCAACUACGGCGCAUAUCGCAUGUUCACUAACAGCUCGUGUCUGAAGCACAUGAUCCUGAAGAUCAGGAGGGACGCGCGGAACUUCGAGCGCUACCAGCACAACCGCGAUCUCGUCUCGUUCCUGAACCGCUUCGCUGAUUCCCACACGGAGCUGCCACGGGGCUGGGAGAUUAAAACCGACCCCCAGGGAAAGUCGUUCUUUGUGGAUCACAAUAGCCGUGCCACGACCUUCAUCGACCCCAGAAUCCCUCUGCAGAACGGCAGGCUGCCCAACCACCUCACUCACCGGCAACAUCUGCAGAGAUUGCGCAGCUACAGUGCAGGAGAGGCAUCCGAUGUGUCCCGCACUCGUGGAGUGUCUCUGUUAGCGAGGCCUGGCAAUAGUUUAGUAACCUCCAUCCGAAACCAAAGCCAACAGGAGCCGGUGCCACUGGCGUACAAUGACAAGAUUGUGGCGUUUCUACGGCAACCCAACAUCUUUGAGGUGCUCCAAGAGAGGCAGCCGAGCCUGGCCAGGAACCACUCGCUCAAAGAAAAGGUACACCACAUCCGUACAGAAGGCGCACCCAGACUAGAAAAGCUGUCCUGCGACGCCGACUUUGUCAUAUUAUUAAGUUUGUUCGAGGAGGAGAUCAUGUCCUACGUACCUCUCGCCACAUUUCACUCCGGCUUCGCCUUCUCUCCCCGCUGCUCCCCCGGCACCUCCCCGCAAAAUUCUCCAGGAACCCAGAGAGCUCGUGCUCCAGCUCCAUAUCGCAGAGACUUUGAGGCUAAACUUCGGAACUUCUACAGGAAGCUGGAAGCCAAGGGUUACGGGCAAGGGCCGGGGAAAAUCAAACUAAUAGUACGGAGAGACCAUCUACUGGAAGGCACGUUUAACCAGGUCAUGGCCUACUCACGCAAAGAGCUCCAAAGGAACAAACUCUAUAUCACCUUCGUCGGCGAGGAAGGUCUGGAUUACAGUGGGCCUUCUCGGGAGUUCUUCUUCCUGCUCUCUCAGGAACUGUUUAACCCGUAUUACGGCCUAUUCGAGUACUCCGCCAACGACACGUACACAGUCCAGAUCAGCCCCAUGUCAGCCUUCGUGGAGAAUCAUCUGGAAUGGUUUCGUUUCAGCGGCCGGAUCUUAGGCCUAGCGUUGAUUCAUCAGUACCUGCUGGACGCCUUCUUCACCCGGCCCUUUUAUAAAGCCCUGCUCAGACUAGCGACUGACCUGAGCGAUCUGGAGUAUUUGGACGAGGAGUUCCACCAGAGCUUACAGUGGAUGAAGGACAAUGACAUCACAGACAUACUGGAUCUCAACUUCACCGUCAACGAGGAGGUGUUUGGCCAGGUCACAGAGAGGGAGCUGAAAUCAGGAGGAGCUAAUAUCCAGGUGACGGAGAAGAACAAGAAAGAGUACAUAGAGCGCAUGGUGAAGUGGAGAGUGGAGAGAGGAGUGGUUCAGCAAACCCAGGCUCUGGUCCGAGGCUUUUAUGAGGUGGUGGAUUCUCGACUGGUGUCCGUGUUUGACGCGAGAGAGCUGGAGCUGGUCAUCGCCGGGACGGCCGAGAUCGACCUCAACGACUGGAGGACCAACACAGAAUACAGAGGCGGCUACCACGACGGACACAUCGUGAUCCGGUGGUUCUGGGGAGCAGUGGAGCGCUUUAACAAUGAGCAGAGGUUGCGUCUGCUGCAGUUCGUUACAGGAACGUCCAGCGUGCCGUACGAGGGCUUUACGGCUCUGCGUGGAAGCAACGGCCUGCGCCGCUUCUGCAUCGAGAAGUGGGGGAAGAUCACCUCUCUGCCCAGGGCUCACACGUGCUUCAACCGCCUCGACCUUCCUCCGUACCCGUCCUACACGAUGCUCUACGAGAAGCUCCUCAUUGCUGUAGAGGAGACCAGCACUUUCGGCCUGGAGUGACGUGACGACUCUGCAUCACUCGCGUACGCUACACGUCUAGGACACUACUAUACACGUGGAUCUGGGGGUUUUUUUAGCCGAUAAAAAAAAAUAGCGGUCUGUAUAUUGCUUCGAAACCGAAGACACCGUUGCAUGCAUCACUCACCUGUGCACGUGACGUACAUGGGCGUGUCUGGGCAGCACCGUGUGCACCAUGCAAGCUGUGUAUGCAAUAUGGCACAACAGGCUUUAGCCUAACUCUUAACUCUCAGGGCCUCGACCUCCGCUGCAGCACUACGACUCCAACAAGGCUGCAGUGUUCACUUGGGAUACACACACACACACACACAUACACACACACCACUGACUGCUCGCACCACAAUCGCACUCACAUCGGCUUGAUCGACUCAGUCAAGACACGUGAACACUUCAUUCCAAAAUGGUGUCAUUACAGAUCUCAGCACUAAUAUUAGCGUAUUUGAAGCAACACAGGAAAUGACAUCAUGAGCCAGAGAGAGAGAGACAGAGGUGUUUAGGAAUUUAAAGCAUAACUGGAAAACUCCAGUGUUUUUUUUUUUUUUUUUAAUAUAAUCUUUAUCAACUGCAUGAGCAGGGUUGUCAUGGUAACUGUACCAUGAACCCAUAGUUAGAGUAUCAUUUUUAUCAUUUACAUUAUUUAUUUUGUUCAUUUUUCUGUUUCACUCCCUGCUGAAAAAAAACACAAUAGAAACCUUCACCAAUAGAAUUUGUAAUGGUUUUAAUGGGAAUUGUAAUAGUUUUAAUGGAAACUAUAACAGUCGCCGUGGGUCUCUACUGGUAAUUUGUUACCUUCUAUUGGUGGCAUGUUAUGUCUAGUGGAUACCAUUAAGCACCGGUUAUGGUAAUGGUUUUAAUGGUUAGCUGAUGGUUUAUAAUGGUAUUUGUAGUGGAAACCAUUAGAAUUUCUGUGAUGGUUUCAAUUGUUUGUUUUUUGUUGUUUUUUUGGCAUGCCAUCUACGCUGUGUUAUUUCCUGUUGUACCACAGCUCUGUUGAAUUCUUGAAUCUGAUUGGUCAGAAGAGAAGGUGUUGAUUAACUUUCUAUAACCGCAGCUCAUUCACAGGGACUCGUAUGGUGGAUGGUCUACAAUAAUAUAAGGCUGAUAAUAAACAAAAUAUUAUAUUAAAUAUACGUUAUUUAUAAAAGAAAAACGUGCCGUCGUUCUAUAAGGAAACGUUUACUCUAUGUACCGUAUAUGGAAGGAGUCUCCAGUGUCAAUGCUUUGUAAGAGUGAGUUUCCCGAAAUUCUUCAGGAUGGAGGUGUUGAUGGUUUUUGUUGUGGUUUGUGGGUUGUUUUUUUUUGUCUUAUUAACUUUAAAAGAGAAGCUGGUGAGGGAACAACUGUUUAUAGCUUUUACUUAAGCGAUGACAGAAACUAAAUGGUUAAACAACGUGGCGUUCUUUUAUUAAUUUUUAAAAAUUGGUAAUGGUUUGCAAAUUGCUGUGGUAUAAGAGGAAUCAAAAAAAUCAUCAUUUUAGCUCUCCUUAUAAAUAUAAAAAUUUGGGGUUUUUUUUCCCUUUUAUUUAAUUUUUUAUCGGCCAAUUUGCAUUUUUCAGAAUUUUUUUUUUUUUUAAUUUUUUUUUUUUUUAAACCAACAUAAUCGUUGCAGGAGCAUAGCAGAUGCAAGAUUUUUUUUUUCUUUAUUAUUUGUUUUGGAUACAUAUAUUUCUGACUUACAAACUUUUUUUAAAAAAUAUUUAUUUAUUUGUUUAUUUAUUUGCGUAUUUUUUGGGGGGCAAGAAUUCAGCCACAGCGACGUUCGAAAAGUUUUCCCCGCGUGAAAUACAUUUCGCAUAAACGUUUACUGACUUCUAUUAGAUGUGAAUUUGGAGUGAGCUUUUUGCCUGUAGCAAAUCACACACACACACACACACACACACACACACACACACACACACACACACACACACACACACACACACACACACACACACACACACACACACACACACACACUGACUGCAGACCCAGUCGAUGGCAAUUAGGUUGGAAAACGCUGGAGUAUUUUUUACACUAAAAAAAACAAAAAGACAAAGAUGAGUCGAGCAUGUUGUGGUAUUGCAAGUCUUUCAAUAAGCUUAACAUUUUUUUUUUUAAAUUGAUACAAUAUUUCAUUUUUAAUAUUCUUUUGUACACUUACCCAGACGGACUUCUGUAAAGAUUAAUAUUCAGUGUAACGCUCCAUUGUGUACGGUGUAUUCUAUGUAAUACUAUGUAAUUACCCUAACGACUUAUAUGACGUUGUAACGCUUAAUUUUUUCUUUCUGUCUGGCGAUUGUAUUUCUUAUUCAUACAAAUGUACUGUAAGUGGUGCAGGUCCUGGGAUUGUCCAGUGAUUCUGGCUUGGUCAUGUGACGGUUAUGGUGUCUAUACUUUCGCUUUUUUAUUUUUUUUUAUUUUACCUCCUCGCUCUCGUCGUAUUUACCCGUCUGAGCACGUUUCAGAAGGACGAGCUCGUGUGCUGUAGAGUCAACGCUUUAUAUAUCGUAUGUAAAUUGAAAGAUAUGAUACUUUCAGCCCGAAAAUCCACACUAUCCCAAGUGUACAGAUAUGGGAUUUUGGGCAAUCUUUGUAUUUGUAAAAUGAAGUAUUGAAAUCGAAGACUCUAUUACAAAGUAGUAUACAAAUGAAAAAUGCUGCAGCACUAAUUAUGAUUUUUUUUUUAUUUUUUAAUUAUUAUUAUUAUUUCCUAUUACGCUCAAUCCUGGAUAUACCAAUGCAUUUGUAUUUAAUGUGUCAAUUGAUACGUCGUAUAAUGGACGUACUGUAAAUCAAAUGUCUAUAUUAUUGUCUAUACGGUGCGUGUAAGGUAUAGAUAUCAAUUUUGAAAUGCAAUGUAUGUAUUAGGGAUUAAGAGGCUUCUUUUUUUAAUCUAUUAAUCUAACUCUUUGCUUAAACUUUGGUUAGAUAAAAGCGUCAUGCUAUGCACAUUUUUAUUUAAACUAACAAGAAUGCAGUUUCCUGUCAGUCGCAGAGGGCUUCUCUUUCAUUUCCCAAAGUCUCGGGCGUACGGGAAGGGUUCGUCUCGAACGGACCGAGCAAACUGCCUUACAGCACCUCGGCUCGAACCGUUUCAUCCUUCGGAGGUGUGAGAAAGUUCUGGCACCCUGCAUCGUCCUCAUGAACAUAAACACACCCACUGUCCUGCACGAAUCUCUCAUCCUGUUGCACCGUGUUCAUCAGGUCUUCGUCUCAGCCGGUUUUGUAUCCUGUAAGACUCCUGGCUGCUUUGUCAGGGCAAGCUCUGUUUAAAAAAAAAGAAAGAAAGAAAGAAUAGCGCUGUGCAAGAAUGUCAAUAAACAAUCACUUCGUAAUCCCCUGCCUACUGAUCGUUCUCGACACACACAAAAAAAAGCACAUUGCAUUUUGAAAUUCUGAACAUUGAAAUAAAACUUGUUUAAACUUUAAAGAUAUAUGUAUUUCUAAAUAAAGAAAUAAAUACAGAUAAGGGGACUCGAGAUAUUUCAAUGUUAAGAAUUCAGUGGUCGUUAAUUUUGAAAUACAAUUUGUUUUUUUAAGUUCA